AACCGUAAGAUUUAACCUGAACUUCUACUUUCACAAUGUUGUCUGGACGAACCAAAACAUGCGUGAAUUUAUCGUUAGAGCAACGCCUCGAUAUCUUGCGGCAAUUGGAGGACCGCGUUCCGCAGAACCAAUUGGCCAAGAAUUACGGCAUCAGCGUCGUGACCAUCCAUCGAAUCAAAAAGAAUGCUGAAAAAAUACGACGUCAGUCCCAGACACCUGGAACUGAAGGUAAAAAGAGGUUUCGAAGGCCGGUACUGGUCGAGUUGGAUGCUCGUUUAUUCACGUGGUACCAGGGACGACGGGCCCUCGAGGAAACCGUCACUAACGCUCUGCUUCAAGAAAAGGCGAUGAAACUUAACGAGGAAUUCGGUGGCCCUUCAAAUUUCUCAGCCUCCAAUGGCUGGAUAUGGCGGUUCAAACAGCGCCAUGGCAUAAGCUUCGACGAUCCUAACAAUGAUGCUGCCAUAGUCGACACGAGGAUAGCUGAAGAAUUCACCAAACGUUUUAUGCACCGCUUGGCACAGGAAGGCAUCAAGCUGCAGAACUUGUACAGCAUGGACGAUUCGGGAUUAGCAUGGAAGUAUCUUCCUCCUAAAGUUCUAAUCAACGCUACGAUAAAGAGCGUUUAUGGGAAAAAAGCAAGAAACAAUCGAGUCACUGUGGGCUUAUGCGCGAAUGCUAUUGGAACACACAAACUUCCCCCACUCUUUAUACACAAAUGUAAGACACCUAGGGCCUUGAAACACUGCUGGGACCAUUUGCCAGUGGUUUUCAAGGCCCAGAUGAAUGCUUGUAUGGAACAGAAGGUCUUCACCGAUUGGUUGGAGAACUACUUCAAACCAGCUGUUAGGAAUCACCAGUUGCAAACUGGUAAUCAUGGAAAGGUGCUGCUACUGGUAGCCAAAUCCAGAACUCACGAGCUGCUACCGGAAGUUAGAACUGGGGAUAACAACGUCGAAGUUGUAUAUGUUCCAACUUCGUCGAAUUUGUUACCGAUGGAACGAGAGAUAACGAGCAACGUUAAGGUGUCCUUCCGUCGACGCAUGUUGAGUCGAAUCUUAAAAUUUCCUGAAGGAGUGGCGGAGUUCUGCACGGAUUAUGAUGUGAAGGAUUGCAUCAAUUUCCUGAACGAAGCCUGGACUGAUGUAGCACCAGCUGUCAUUUACAAUUCCUGGAAAAAAUUAUUGGGAGUUGAUGUAACAGAGGAUCAGGUCGAAGAACAAAGUAGAGUGUGUCCUGGCGACACAUCGGAUAUUACGACGAUUAAAGACAUUAUGAAAGCUAUUGUGAAGGAGCCUGUGUCUCACAAAGAGGUCGAGGAUUGGCUCGUGGCCUGUGAGAAAGUCGAGGGCGAUGUCGAUCUGGGAAGGAACGAUUAUCCUGAUGAAAUGACAAGCUUGCAGCUGGACACGGACGAGAUCGAACGGACAAUUGCGAAACUAGUCCUGUGGGCUGAGACACAAUCUAUUUUUGUUAAGUUUCAUGCACGUGUAGUGAAAGAUUAUUACGAUUUGAUAAAAUAAUUAUGAUUCGAAAGAACAGAUUACACUUAUUCGUAGCUCCUACCUAAAAUAAAAAGCUUUUAUUUCUUACAUAGAACUCGCAACCCAAAUAAUCCAUUACGAAAUGGUCGAGGAUACAACAAACAUUUAAGGGGAUACCCUAAUUCUGCCAAUCGCA